AAGCGCUUUCCAUAAGACUAGGAACAAUUUUAUUUUUUUAAUCAGAAGCAUAAACUUCUGAAUUAAAGAAAAAAUGGGGAUGGAUGUUCUUGCAAAAUUAGCAAAACGUAGCAUGAUUCAACAAUCACAGCGUCGAUUAAUCUACAAUAAUUCAAUUUCUGGGUCUAAAUUUCUUUCGCAUUAUCAACAAUGCAGAGCUUACUCUGCUCGAUCUAUGAACACUGCAGCAACUAAAAUCGCUAAAACCCAUUUUCUUUCUUUUCCGUUUCUUCUUCGUAAAUCAUUUCCAUCUUCAGCUUCAGCUUCAGUUUCUGUGAAAAUUCGGAUGGGGUUCUUGGCGUGGUAUUUGGGGGCUCUUGAGUCUCGUGCGAUCAUCACGAAAUCAAUUUCUUCUGCUGUUAUAUAUGCUGCUGCUGAUGUUACUUCCCAGAUGAUUACGAUGACACCUUCGGAUUCUCUAGAUAUCAUAAGGACUCUGCGAAUGGCUGGGUUUGGAUUGAUCAUCUUAGGAACAGCUCAACAUCUUUGGUUUAACUUUAUGGGGAGAGUAUUACCAAAGAGAGAUGUUGUUUCUACCUUGAAGAAAUUGUUGAUAGGGAAUUUUGCUUAUGGGCCUCUCAUUAAUUCUGCUUUCUUCUCUUUCAAUGCAGCUUUACAAGGUGAGAAUGGAGCGGAAAUCGCUGCAAGAUUGAAACGAGACCUGAUCCCAACAAUGACUAAGGGACUUAUGUACUGGCCAAUGUGUGAUUUCUUGACAUAUAAAGUAAUCCCUGUCCAUUUGCAGCCGUUGAUUAAUAGUUCAUUUUCGUAUGCGUGGACUAUAUAUUUGACGUACGUUGCAAGUUUGAAGAAAGCUGCUGAUUAAUUUGCACGCCGCGCUAUGGAUGUAUCAAUAUUCUGUCAAAAGAUAGAACCAAAAGAAAGUUAAAUCAGUCAGCUGAGAGAUCAACAAUGUCACUACUGCUGAUCAGUCUAGCUUUUCUUACUCCCUGAUGAUUAUAUAAAAAUUAGAUUUUGAGAUUAGUUUGUGUAUUGGUGAAUGAAAGUUCUCUACAUAGCCAAAGCCAAUAUUCUUGUAAAAUGUUGUUGUCGAUCAUUUUAUUGAACAAAAAUGGUGAUGUUCUUCUUCCAUCAAUCAAGAAUUUCAAUUUUU